UGGAUCCAUCUCCUGGAGUUUGCCCAUUCCUCAGGCUUAAACUGCUCCAGCUCCUCGGUGCUGGAUGGUUUUCACUCGUGCUGCAGCUUCUGGGGCCUUGUCAGGUCAUGUGAACCCCUUCAAAAGUUCCUCUUUGUGGGACUUUUGAAGGUAACUGCUUGCACCAGAACUUUUUAGGAGAUUAAUAGCACCGGCGGUGGAUAAAACUUUCAGUCCAAUUUAGACUACUUUCUGCAGAUCCAUCAGAUAAAACAGGAUUAAGACAUUUAAAUUGCAGGCCAGAAUGUAACAUAGGCAGAAACCCCAGGGAAAGGGGUUUAAAGCUUGUUAGGGUUCGCCUGGAGCCCUUUCACCCUGUUGUGCAUGUGAUUCAGCGUGUUGCACUGCUAAAGGAAAAAAAGUCAACAAAUGCUUAUCCUUUGCCCUGUACACCAUGGAGGUGGUGCCUCUGCUAUCUCUGAGCCACUGAAAUGCUGAGAUUACAUCUAGAUCGCGAAGGCAGAGCACAGAGAAUAUUUCUGUACUCAUUGAAUCUCAGUAAAAACAGGCAUGGAGCUCGGAUCACCAGUUAGCGCCGUUAGGAGCAACAGAGUGCUGAUGGGUAAUGAAGUGAGUCCAGCUGUGCUAAUAAUUAAAGAUGGAAAAAUACAGCAAAUAUUGUCCAGCAGCGACUUCACUCAGGAUGCUGGCUGCGAGGUGCUGGACGUGGGAGACAGCGUGGUGAUGCCAGGCAUUGUAGACUGCCACGUUCACGUGAACGAGCCAGGCCGCACCUCGUGGGAGGGCUUCUGGACCGCCACCAGGGCCGCCGCAGCGGGAGGAGUGACAACCAUUGUGGACAUGCCUUUAAACAGCAUCCCUCCGACCACAACGCUUCGAAAUCUUCACGAGAAGCUGCAGGAGGCGACAGGGAGGUGCUUUGUGGACGUGGCCUUCUGGGGAGGUGUUGUUCCGGGAAAUCAGCUUGAACUGCGGCCUAUGAUCCAGGCCGGCGUGGCUGGCUUUAAGUGUUUCCUCAUCCACAGCGGCGUUGAGGAGUUCCCCCAUGUGGCUGAAUUUGAUCUCCACACAGCCAUGAAGCAGCUCCAGGGCACAGGAAGCGUCCUGCUGUUUCACGCAGAGAUGGACGUUCAGCCAACAACAGGGAAGACUGAUGGUGACCCUAGCCAGUACUCCACCUUCCUGCGGUCCCGGCCAGACGUCAUGGAGGUAGAAGCCAUUCGGACUGUUGCAGAACUCUGUCUGCAAUACCGGGUGAGGUGCCAUAUUGUUCACUUGUCUUCUGCGAAGGCCCUGAAGCUGAUCCAGAACGCUCGACAGGCUGGAGCCCCCUUAACAGUGGAGACCACCCACCAUUAUCUCAGCUUGUGUGCAGAAAACAUACCUGUGGGGGCCACGCAGUUUAAGUGCUGUCCUCCCAUCCGAGGCUCCGCUAACCAGGAGCAGCUAUGGUCUGCGCUGAAAACUGGACAGAUUGACAUGGUGGUGUCUGAUCACUCCCCCUGCACCCCUGACCUUAAGAAACUGGAGAGUGGGGACUUCACUCAGGCUUGGGGAGGGAUUUCAUCUUUGCAGUUUGGCCUGCCUCUGUUCUGGAGUUCAGCCAGCAGGAGAGACUUUCAGCUGGCCGACGUGGUCAGACUGCUGAGCCGAAACACGGCCCACCUGAGCGGUCUGGGCGGCCUGAAGGGCAGCCUGGCCCCGGGCUUUGAUGCCGACUUGGUCAUAUGGGACCCGGAGACACGCUUUCAGAUUGAAGAAGCAAACAUCCACCACAGAAACAAGCUGACCCCGUACCUCGGCUUCACGCUGCAGGGGUUAGUGCGAGCCACCAUCCUGAGGGGAAAGCUGGUGUACAGAGACGGCAGCUUCUGCUCUGAACCUCUGGGAAAGCAUCUCCUCGUCCCUCAGAGGACGGGCCAAGCACAGCUGUGAAGCAAGCUCGAACAAUAAAGCUCGCUUCAUUUGGAACAUCGUGGACUUCAUUUUGUCUGACCUGAAAUAGUGUUUUUAUCUAUAAACGGACAGUUCCAACAAU